UUUUUUAAAAAAACUCAGCUUUUACUAAGUUAGGUAUGUGUUGAUUCUGGGUUUGAUUUAGUUCUCCAAUGAAAAGCCUCCGCAGAUAACAAAGAAAAUGGGCACAUCAGCAGGCGGAGGAGGAAAGAUCAUGCCGACACGGAGAGCACUCAGCGCCAUUAACAAGAACAUCACUGAACCUCCCCCGUCUUACCCUUAUGCUCUCAACAACAAGAGAUCACUUUCUUCUGAAAGGAAUGUUAUCUGUAACAAACCACCUCUGCGCCGACCAGUUACUAGGAAGUUUGCUGAUAAUAAGCCACAAAUCCAGGAAGAGGAAACUAAGAAAUCAAACUCAGCUCCAAGUGAAGAAGCAGAGAGGGUCGACAUCGGUGUGGAUAAUAAUAGUGGUAAGGACAGAGGAGACGACUGUAUUGAGCCAAUGUUUAUACAACACACUGAAACAAUGAUAGAGGAAACUUACCAGAUGGAAAAUGAGGAGGAGAUUAAAGUGGAAGAUGCAGAUAAAGAAGCAGAGCAAGUGGUUUACAUUGACGCUUGUGAUGAGAAGAAUUCUUUAGCCGUAGUUGAAUAUAUCGAUGAUAUAUACGACUUUCACAAGAAAUCUGAGGAACUUUGAUAGAGAGCGGAAGCUAUAGGUUUCGAAGAUCAAGGGUUUGAUCUUAAAACCGGUUACUUGUGUUCGAAGGUAACUCAAAAACAAGAUUGAUAGAACGCGAAUACUCUUCGCAGUGCCUUUUGCAAAGCUCUUUAAAAUCAAAACCUUAUAAUUCUUAUUAUCAAAUCGUCCUUCUAGGUAUUGAAUACAAUCCCUAUUUAUACUAUCCAGAAAAUCAUAAGCAACAUAAUAAAGGAAAAUCCUUAACCUAAUAGUAAUUUGAACAAAAAGGAAACAAAAGCCCAAAUCGAAAAA